AUGAUUUCCAUCACAAUACAAAAUCAUUUGGCUGAAAAGCUAAGACCAAUGUUCGCAAUGUUGCACCGUUUGGAGGGUGUUCCGAUGCUGAUGUCUUUUCCGAAACAAGGGGGAGAAGGGAGUUCUAAAGUUAAAUCGAAUGAUGUCAACCCCAAAGUUUCAGUUAAACCUCCAAUCAUCAAGCAAUAUCCAAAAGACAAGGUAACAUUAUUCAGCAAUGAACCCAUUAUUGAUGAUAAUGAAGAUGAAGAACCUGAUGAAGCUGAGCUUAAAAGGCGGAAUGCUCGCAAGGCAGAGAUUGAUGAACAUUCUCGUGUCAUCAGAGAGGCUGAAGAAAAAGAAAGAGUUAAAAAGGAAGCUCAGGCCACUCUUAAUAGCAAAAUGUUAUUAUUUCCAAAGUGGGCCCUGAAGUGCAUGCAAAACCAAGUUGUGGAUAUGCCAAGUCAGUGCUGGUUGGAUCCUAUUGCUUCAUUUGAUGUCCAAAAUUCACUGGAUUCGCAGUUAGAACUUCCUAUUACACCAAAUGCAUUCAGGUUUCGUGCCUUUAUAAAGGUUGCUAAUGUUCCUUUCUCAGACAGCACUGGUGAUCAACUACUGUUUGCCUUCUAUUUGAAGCAUAUGAAGCCCCAGUUCAAAACUUGGAGUGCGAGAAAAAUUGUAGCUGUGAAGGUUACUGGGCCAAUCGAAACUGAAAGCUUCCCUAAUGCGAAGUUUAAAGUGUUGAUAGGAUCUGCAUGUCAAGCCUGCGAAUUCACUCUCGCAGAUUUGUCAUGCUUGAGCCCCGAUGACUGGAUGGUAAUAUUCAAUGUUCUGUUGCAAGAAAAGGAAAAGUACGAACCUAUGUUUUCUCAUCUUCAAACAUUGAUCAAGUCAUACAUUCAGGAAGUUGGAUUAAUGGAUGUGGAAAUUGCCACUGUUCUGAGGCAAAAACCAAGUGUUGUUCCAAAAGAAGCUCCGAAAGACUUCCAGAAGCUAAAGCCAGGAAAGAUCUACAAGGAAGGAUGGUUUGUGGUAUACACAGCUAGAGAUCGUCCAGGAGAAUAG